GCAAAAUAUUUGAAAUAGUACACAGCAGAAGUCAAAAUAUGAAGAUUUUAUAUUUUUUUCUGAUGAUGUGGACAUUUUAUCUUGGUACAGAUGGACGGAUGCAAGAAGAUUAUGAUGUCAGACCUAUUGACAAGACAAACACAAAGGCAUGGUCAGACGAAGGUGUAGUCAAAGCGAUUGGGGAGGUGAGGCGUAUUGGCAAUUCCAAAAUUGUGUCUGUAACGUGUCGUCUAGACCCCGAAAAAUUUAAGAAUGUGCACUAUAUCAUGUGGUGGGUCAUGUGGUGGCGACCCAAAGCCGCUAAAACUUACGGUCUCAUUGCAGGUUCAUACUUGAACGAUAUGCCUGUUAUGGGUAGAGAUAACAUUAGAUGGGAGAAAAGGAACAAUCUUGUGACCAAUCUGAAACCUCAUUUAGUAUGUGCUGUCGAAAACAUGAACUCGGAGAUGCACAUGUUACAAAACAACAGGGAAGAUUACCUGCGCAUGUACUUUAUCAUGGACAAGUGCGACCCCCCGGGGGUGUUCCGCUGUGAGGCGUUGGUCAGGGCGUAUAACAAUAGAUACGGAGAAGUGCCUAUUCGUAGAGAAUUCGAUGCCGAAACGACUAAGGAAGGAAAAGUGGAAUCAACGUGUAAAAAGAAUCAAUUUAAGGACCUCGCUCGAAACUUCAUGGAGAUCUAUGACUCUUUACCCGGAUUUUACAUGGAUUCAAUGAAUCUUGCUUUUCUCAUGCCAGUUGAGGAAAAGGGAGACCCGAAGAAGUGGCGAAGCGAGGGUGGAUACACAAAAAUGCACGCUAACUUCAUCGAGGAUAAAGAAAAGAACAUGAAAUAUAUGGAGUUAACAUGUAAAGUUAAUAUCAGGAAAAUAAAAAAAACUGUCAACUCUGUUGAAGCAUUUUACAUUUUUUACCAGCCCGACGAAGAGUGGCCCAAUGCACGGAUACUGCUCGCCGGACUGGUGAGAAGUAAGGGAAUGUGGGCGGAUCCCUACAGAGUCCGGAUGUUUCCGGAGCUGCGCAUGUUGCUGGAUAAACACAAAGGCAUGGCCUGGAGGGGGAAUUCAGGCGAGGGAAAAAAGGCAACAUUUACAAUAGUUGUACCAUUGAAGUUAUGCCAAACUCUAAAGGGAGCAUUCCAGUGUCAGGCGGCGGUGGAAGCCCCGAAUUUGUCUAAAAAGAAAAUAACGAUGGUCAGAGGAUGGCUAAAAUUAGGAGACACCCCAUUAUCAACUGGCAGCAGCAAGAAAUGCAGACUAGAGAAACUUAAAGGUAACCGUACCAGAACAAGUGGGGGCCGUGCCGUCAUACGGUUAGUGAACAAGAAAGAGAUGGAGGGGUUCUUCGGGGAUCGAGCCAUCAUUGGCGGCAUUUGUGGCAUCAUUGUGUUGGGGGUGGCAGGAUGUGUGGGUUACAAGCUGUGUCGUAAGAAGACUCAAGGUUCCGAGAAGGCAAAAGGAGGGGGCGGACAAGGAGUAAAACCACCUACUGCCAAAGGGCCAGGAAUGGGGCGGGGACGGGGACGGGGACAGAGUAGAGGAAAGUGAUAAAACAACUUGCGUGAUAUCUUGUCUUUCAAAGUCAAGGCCAUUCCAAAGACAACUCCUGUUCGUCUUGAUUUAAUUGAUUGUUUAAUGACUGUAUACACCGACAUUUUAAAAGUAAACUAGCCUUCAGUUUGAAUGUAAAGAAUUGAAAAUAUAUGAACACAACUCUAUGAUGUUAGAUAUUGUUGGUUUUUGUUAAUGAUUAAUUUUACUGGUUUUCAAGAACUUUUCGUCCCAUAAUUAUGAGAGUACAAUUACUGAUAUGACAAAGACAUUUUAUUGGUUAUUCAUAACCCUCUUGACCAAGAACAUAAUAAUUAUGUAACAUUGCUGUAUCAUGCCAAUACAUACAGGAACACAACAAACCUCACAGGUCACAGACCUCAUGCUCGAACGACCUCUGAUCAUUCAGUUCUUUUUAUAAGCAUUUUUUUUAAAAACGUUUUGAUAUGGCUUAUUUGAUCAUCGUCGAUAAAUAACAAUCUUAUUCAAUCAAAGCUUUUAACUUAAGAAGUCUUACAGUUCGAUCAUUCUCUAUUGAUUAACAAAUCAUUUGUUUUUUAAACGUACAAGUAUUUUAUCUCCAUGCACCGUGUGUAAUUUAUAUGUUACACAAAUUAAACUUCCACAUAUCAACAUGAUUUAGUUAUUAUUUCGAGAUAUUAAGAGUUAAGGUUUAGUAAAUGAUCCCAGCUUGUCUUUUUGGUGCUAGAACCUUUAUGGCGUCAUAAUUGAUUUGAUUAAUCUUUUCCCGUAUUUUACGGCUUAAAAGAUAAAAGAAUUUUGACAUUCUAUAUUUAAUCACGGGAAAAGUAAUCCCGGUACCUAUAUUUUAUUUGACAUCAUUUAAAAGAAGAGGUCAAGAUCUCGUUGAAUGCCUUUUUUUUGAAAGACUGUAGGCAUUUUAGAUAUAUUUCAUUAGUCAAAAAUGGACAAAACUCCGAGAUUUGUUACUUUUAUCCUUCAUAUUUCAUAGAAAAUGGUUGUUUAAAACAUGAUUUUUUUAUGGUGUUUACCUAAAAUUUAAGCCCUGGUACACCCUAUGAAACAAAGAUAUUGUAAUGAAGCAUCAUUAAAAGAAUGUAUAUCUUGAAUUUCAUAAACCUGUAGGCAUCUUUCAUUUACUAGAUCUUAAUAUAUGUAUUGUUUAAAAUAGAUAUCGUAUAUUAUAUGUCA